GCACACACACACACACAAACGCAGAGCGAACGAGAGAGGGAGAGUGAAAGAGAGCGAGCGAGAGCGAGUAGGAGGGAACGGGAGCGAUAAGCAGCCAUAGAAAGAGAUAGCACUCGUGCGAUUCACACCAGUUUGAGUCGGAGAGCGGCGUCCGCAUCGAAAUUCAGUUUAUUCCGAGACGUUGUCCAGGGCACGUCGCAUUCAAGAGAUCGCUUUGAAAUACCAGACACAAGUGAAAGAUACAUUUACGUAAAGAUACGCAAAAUACACAGAGAAUAGAGAAACCAAAGCAAAGCAAAGCAAAGCAAAGCAAAGAACAGUAGAUUGAUUCUACAGUGAAGAACAAGUGAAGUUUCGAGAUCAGUUCAAACCAAAUACAAACGGGGAUUACCAUGUCUUCCACAUCCGCCUCGCCGAUCAGCAACAUAACCGUCGACGACGAGCUCAACAUCAGCAGAGAACAAGACUUUGCCGACGACGAUUUCAUUGUGAUUAAAGAGGAGCGCGAGAGCAGUCUCUCCCCAAUGCUGACACCGCCGCACACACCCACAGAGGAGCCCCUGCGGAGGGGACACUCCACAAGCGCCGAUGAGGCGGUGGCCACACAGCUCCAUAUGCGGCACAUGGCACAGUACCAACAGCAGCAACAGCAGCAGCAGCAGCAGCAACAUCGCCUCUGGUUGAUGCAGCAGCAGCAGCAGCAACAGCAUCCCCACUACCCCGUCUAUGCGGCGGCUGCAGCCGGAGCUGCAGCCAGUGCCGAUCCCGUGGCCGUGCACCAGCAGCUGAUGAACCACUGGAUCAGGAACGCCGCCCUCUACCAGCAGCAGCAACAGCAGCAGCAGGCGGCACAGGCCCAGGCGCACCACCAUCCGCACCACGCCCAUGCCCACCCACACCACCACUCGCACCACGCCCAUGCCCACCCACAUGCCCAUCCACACCAGCAUCCGCACCAUCCGCACGGUGUGAGGCCGUACCCCACGGGACUGCAUGGACUCCACAUCGCAGCUGGCCGCCACUUCGGCGCCCUGCCCACCAUGAAGCUGAGCGGAGCCCCGGGAGCGGGCGGAGCCACUGGCUCCGGCAGCAGCCGACCAAAGAAGCAGUUCAUCUGCAAGUACUGCAACCGGCAGUUCACCAAAUCCUACAACCUGCUCAUCCACGAGCGCACCCACACGGACGAGCGGCCGUACUCCUGCGACAUUUGCGGCAAGGCCUUCCGGCGGCAGGAUCAUCUGCGGGACCACCGCUACAUCCACUCCAAGGACAAGCCCUUUAAGUGCAGCGACUGCGGCAAGGGCUUCUGCCAGUCUCGCACCCUGGCCGUCCACAAGGUCACCCACUUGGAGGAGGGCCCCCACAAGUGCCCCAUCUGCCAGCGAAGCUUCAACCAGCGGGCGAACCUCAAGAGCCAUCUGCAGAGCCACAGCGAGCAGAGCAGCAAGGAGGCCACCACGUCACCCACCUCGCCCACAUCCCCCAGCGGUGGGGCACCAACCCAGGCAUUGAGCUCGCCUCAACCUGAACAGUUGGUGCACCAUCACCAUCAUAAUCAGCACCACCACAUGCCCGUCCUGGAUCUGUCCUCGUCGUCAUCCGCCUCGUCCGCCACCACGGCGAAGCCCAAGCGCACUCUGGGCUUCACCAUCGACGAGAUCAUGAGCAGAUAGAGAGAUGCACGGAGACCGAACCGAAGGUUAAUCCAUUCUUGGUUUGUGUUUAGAGUCAUCCAGAGUUGGCCCGGCCAGGCAUGGGAAGUGCCUGGCCCGGACCUCGCACAGAGUCCAGCUCGAAUCCUGGCCAAAGGGACGCCACAUCCUCGCCAGCACACCCCGCAAUCGCACCCAGUGAGAGGAGUUAAAGUAGCAGCAGCAGUGGAGAUGCUAUCAGUCAGAAUUAGUGCAAUCGGUUCUAUAUGGAAUAGAUAUAUAGAUGCCGGCAUUGUCCUAGCCAAAGCCAAAGCAAAGAUACAGAUACAGAAACAGAUACGAAAGAGAAGAUACGAAAAGUAUUGCAAACACACACGCCUCCUACAAAACAAUUCCAAAACAUUACACAGUCGAAUCGAAUCGAAUUGAAUCGAACUUCGCUGUCGAACUGUAAAACUAUUAUUUAAUUAUAUACCUGUAAUAAUGUAACUAUAGUUUAAUUAAAGUUAAUAUAUGGUACCUUAUAGCCAAUUAAGUAAACCAAAUGUUAUGUUACAAUAGAUCAAUCAAUCAAUCAAUCAUUUAAACCAAUCCCAGACAAACCAAACCUCACACCCGUUCUUGGUUAUUGAAAGACUGUUUUCGUAAUAGCUUUUACCAUUAUACAUAUUUGAAUAAAUCAAUCCGUGGAUUGUUCAAUGCGUUAAACCAAACCAAGUCCCAUGAUUAUUAUUUCUCAUAAUGAUUCCCUAUAUAUGAUUCAUCAUUAGAGUUACCUUUAGAAUUUCCCCCCCUAUCAAACGUGACUUAACACAAAGAUACAACGAUCUCAUUGUCGCCUAUAGCCUGUAUAUAUAUUAUGUAUGUUCGCAUGUAUCAAAUAUUUACCAUUGCAUGCGCCCAAAAUGAUAUGAAGCUAUCACAAGAAAUAUAUACAUAUGUAUGGAAA